CCUUUGUGCUGCGCGGCGACGCGUGGGGACAAAGAGCUGUAGGAAAACCUGGCAGCUGGUCCUGCCGCCCCGAUCCCUUAAUGAGCUUGUUGAGCCGCGGAGGUCCAGGAGCCGAUCUAAGAACUGGAUGGUUCUGCGGAGCCAGCACUGAAAGGGGCGGCUGGUGCACAAAGGCAGAGCAGCAGGAUGGUUUUGCUUUGGAUUCAGAUACCGGCAGAGAAGAGACCGUCUCUCAGAACGCAGACUCUGACAAGGGGAUAGACUUUUCCAAGAUGUGUGAUUCAAAUCAAGAAUAUUACUUGAAGCUGGAAGAGCUGAAGAAUGCCCACCUGGAGACCAUGGCAAAAUUAGAGAGUAUGUAUCGGAAUAAACUGUAUUUAAAAGGAGUACAACCCUCGAAGAAGAAAAAUGCCGCUUCUCCUACGAGUUGUAGGCCAACUUGGAAGAAGAGCUCAUAUGAGCCUCUAAAUCUGCACAAAUCCUUUUCAGACUCUGACUUAAGCGAUGCCUUAGGCUCAAGUAUAUCUGAUGGAUCUGACAGGGAAUUAGCGUUUGAAGAAAACGGGAGUGAAACUGGAUCAUCUGCAUUUGCUAAGGAACGGAUUGAGAAAAUGUGGGACGGCUUCUCAGUGGAAGAUUACAUCUCCCGCGCCGAACACCGCGUACCCAGCUCUCCGGCCUUCAGAACGAUACGGAGGAAACAGAAAGCGUGGUCGCCAAAAGUUACUGUGCCCAAGCCUUUCCAGAUGACUAUCAGAGAAGCCAGAAAAAGAGAACAGAACAUCAAAUCCAAGUCGCAGGUUGAAAUGGAAAAUCACUUAUUGAAGAAGCAGCUAGAGGAGGAAGCGGAGUGUCAGAAGCAAUUCCGAGCCAAUCCAGUGCCUGCCGCUGUUUUCCUUCCGCUCUACCACGAAAUCGUGCAGCGAAACGAGGAACGCAGGAGGUCUGUGAAAGAGAGGAGCAAAGUCAAGCUCUUGGCUUCUCAGAAGCCGUUUAAAUUCAUCGAACGGGAGAAGCAAAGGAAUGAAAUGAGGAAAAUGCAAUUAAGAGACCUUUCCGCACCGGAAAAGAAAACCAAACUGUUCAAAGCAAAACCAGUUCCGAGAUGUGUUUAUAGUCCGGCUGUUAACGACAAGCUCAAGGAGGAAGAGCUCUACAGAGAAAUCAGGAUCAGAAUGAGGGCUGAAGAGCUGCUGCGCAAUUCAUCCCUCCCCAACAGCAGACUGGCUCUAGCAAAUACCAAGAGAAAGAAGAAACACAAGUGCAUCGAACCAAAGGAAACAGAAAAUAAACCCAAAAUCAAAUCAAGUGUUCCAGAUUUUCAACAGCUACACAAGAAGUUUCAGAAACGGCUCCUGCAGCAGAAACAAGUGAAACACCUCACGGUCUGCGAACCUUUCCAUCUUCGUACUCCGUCUAUUCCCUCGAACAAGGGGAAGAUUUUGCAGGACAUUCAAGAGGAUGAAGAGAAGCGGAAGGAAACACGCUGGCCGUACGCCUCUCCGAGACGGGAACCUCGAAUGAGAAAUUCAAGUGCAAAUUCACAUCUCUCAGGACUUGGAGAAACCAAAUCGCCAAAAAUCACAGAAUCUACAAGACAGCGGCUACAAGUCAUCAGGAAUUCACUUGAGGAAAAGAGAAAGCUGGAAGAACAACAAAAAAGGAACAGGACAAAGCAGAAACAAAGAAUGAAAAAGCUCCAGAAAAUUGUAACAGCUCGGGCUGAGGCCAAUGACCCACAUCAGAGCCUAGCUCAGGUGUCUAAAUCCAAAUUAAAAACAUUCAGGAAUGAUGAGAAGCAGAGAAUGCGAGAAUAUUUGCAAGAGUUGCAAGAAAUGGAAGAACGAGUAAAACAAAUGCCAUUGCUUUUGGAAAGAGUCACUCAGAAAAACGCCAGGAUAGCUGCAGAAAAGCAUUAUUCAAGCAGACUGCGAGCGCUGGGGAUAUGCCCAGAGUUUGUUUCAAAGAAAGGACAAACAACUAAAUUACUACAACGCUCCAGUGCUGAAGCCUUUAAUAGCUCCAUUGAUGCCAGAGAAAGAGUCAUGAGGGAUAAGGUGAAAGAAAGGGAAUCCUUUGAGGAAGCAGCUGAUGGUGCCCGGUCUGAGCCGUCCUGGGACGAGGAGGAAGGAGAGAAGAGAAAAGGCAUCAGAACCUCCCCCCAGGAUGGUCAGUCCAGUGAGGAGGAGGAGGAGGAGGAAGAAGCCAUUGCAGGGGAGGUUGGGUCCAGCCCCAGCUCUGACCAGCACAGUGAUGAAGAGGAGGAUGAGGAGGAAGCAAAGGCAGGCCUGUCACUUGGCCAUUCCCAGGAGGAGGAAGAUGGGGACCAUCAGUCCAGACCCAGCUCUCGGUCUGACCAGUCCCCUGAGUGCGAAGAGGAAGGUCAGUCUGAUACCGAAGCUGAGGGUGCCGUCAGAUACGAGGAUGAGGAACAUGAAGAUGAAGAUGAUGAGUCAGAAGAGAAGCCCAGCGAUGAUGAAGCUGGCUGAGUGGAAGGCACAAUGGCCUGGGGCUCAGGAGCUUGUUUCAUUGCUGGCAGUGAGGCAAACACCAAAGAAAAACUUGGCACUUUGCUACUGAUACAGAAUUCUGUGAAUUUAAACCUCUUUGCUUCAUAGCCUUUCUAGCACAGAAAUUUUAUCUAUUUUCCAGUAAGAUGAAGUUACUAAUUUGUCCAGAAUACACUGAGAGGAGCCACUGAAACUUUCACAGAGAUUUUGAACACUUACAGACAAGUAAGGCAGAAGAGUAAGCAGAAUAACACGUUGUGCUGCUCAUCUCGUGUUACUGUCUAACCGAGGCCCAGAACUACUUACAACUCUCUUUUGUCUUGAAGAACUCUUGCCAUGAUCACGCAGAAUCAUUCUUCAUAGCGUAAUAACAAACGGUGACAUUAAUCUUCAUAUUCAUUGAGACAGUAAACAUACACUGUAAAGACAGAAUCUUAUACAUCAGAUAAAAAUGUAGCUCAGCAACUCUAGUUGCAUUGAAAGUGUGGAAGGAAGCACUUUAGUACCUUUUUUUUUAUUUACACACUUGCUACUCAGGAUUCAGCAACUACACAACAAAGAUUAGAAAUGGAAGGUUUAGAGUUAUUUUUUGGGGUGGUUUGGGGUUUUUUUUUGUUUGGUUGGUUUGGUUAUUUGGUUUUGUUUUUCCUCCUUUCUCUUCCUAUCAGCAGCUUUCUUGCUAACCUGCUGUCAAGGGUUUUAAUUGUGGGGUGACAAUAAAACCCUGGCAGAUGUAUUGUUGACCUCCUCUCCCUCCCCUUUCCCUUGUUGCCCCUCCCUCUCCCCCUUCCCGCUAAGGACAGAGAGAAGAGAGCUGGAAAAACUAAAAAUGUUUUACUAAUGCUACUAAUAAGAAAAUAAUACAAAAUAUACAAAACCAAUCUUGAAAGUCCCAGCAACUGCAGAGCCGGCACCCGAAGUCCUGGACUGGAUCCUCCAGACAACCGGAGCUGGAUUCAGUCUCUCGCUAGGCCUCGGUUCGCGGGGACGACUAGCAAGGUCCUCUCCUAAUGUUGGCCAUAAGGAAAAGGGAAAAAUGGAUGAGAUCCUCAUGAUCUCCCACUUUUAUAUGAAGUAUUCACGUGAAUGGAAUGUUAUACAGAGUUGGUCAGUUUCUUGGUCACCUGUUUCUCGUUGCCCCCCGCAGGAGAUGUGAAUCUGUGCUUAUCAAUGAUUUCACAUUCCAUUGCUAUGUUUACCAAAACAUGUAUCUGGUUCUCCAGGAGAAUGCAGCUCAUAUGAAGGUUUUAGCUGCCAGGCAAAUUCACCAAAAGAGAAACUUGUUUUUUAACAAAACCAGGACAGCUGCCCUGUGCAGUAUAAGCAAAGAACAUCCACGCAAUGACAGACCACGAACACGAACAUCAAACAGGCUUUUGUCAGGACAGAGGAUAACGUGACAUUGCACAGGUGCUCAAAACACCUUCAUUGAAUAGUAAAUGCAUUUAUUAAAACUACCAGGUUUGCAAAAACAUGACUAACAAUACAGAUUUUUAUUUUGUUACCAUUUCCUUCCAUGCCGCAUGCAAGAGCAAUUAAUAAAUCUCUUAUUAUUUCUUCUGACUGAGAAACUGUGCAACAAUGUUUAGAAGAUUUUUCUCAUGAUUACUUCUAUUUAUUUUUCAAGUGUGAGCAUAACUUAUAUGAAUUUGAACCUUAUUUUUUUUUAGUUCAAUAAACAAUCCAUUGUAUAUGUGUCAUACAUGAAAA